AUGAGAAACAGCCAUAAUGGCGUGGAAGAACAAACAAGUCUGAACGUGCUUGGCACCCCUUCCGCUGAAAUACAAAUCUCUCGAAGUGUCCUUGCCGGUCAGGUAAAAAAAAGGGGAGACCAAUUUCACCGAGCCUUUGUAAUAAGUAGCCGAGUAAGUGGAGCAAAGAAACAAAAAAAGCUAAGCUCCAAAACGGCGAAGCAUAUCAACUACGUGUUCGAGAAGAAGAAGAAGGCGGAAGAGGAAAAAAACUUUAAUAUUAUAAAGAGGAAGAAGCUGCAGGAGGUUCCUUCUUCCCAAUUUCACUUCAUUUGCCACCUUAAAAAUGGGGAAGUGCAAUCCGCACAAAGGGGGAGCGUGUCGCUGCUAAGCGGGGCUCUGCCUCCCUCUGAGCAGGCGCAGCUUCCGUGGGGAGAAAUGACCCCAAGUGAGGAAGCCACAAUUGGGGAAAAUUGUACCACUGGGGAAUUGUUUCCAAUUGGGGAAAAUUGUAUCAUUGGGGAGAAUUGUACUACUGGGCAAAACAGCAGUGCUGUGGAGGCGUUCCGAUUCUUCCCGCGCGCAACGAUCCGGCAAGACAGGAGGGAGAAGGACCUGAAGAACGUAAGUGCGCUCAGCAGCAUCGUCCAUUUGGGCAGGAACAAAGACAUAUGCAAUACCUAUCUUAGAGCCAGCCUAAUUAACAUAUACCACGAGGAAAACCACAACCACGUAAUUCUAAAGAUGAUGAAAGAAUUGCAACGCACACACACUUAUAUGAACAGCCGACAAAUAAGUUUAAUCAUUUACAACCUCUACCAGUACUUCUUCAUCCAAGUAGUAAAACAAAUUCACGCAAAGGAUAACCCUUCGAAUUAUGAAUGGUACUUAAGAUUAUUUUACGUUGUUGACGAUGGCCUUUUCGUGACCCCCCCAAAUAAGGGGGACUGGUACAAAAGCGAUAUGCCGGUGGACAACAGCUUGAUGAGAAACCUUCUAAUAACGUUGUCCAGAAUUGUGAAAAUGUAUAUGCAUUGUGAAAAUGACCUGAACACACUAAGCAAGAUCGCUUUCGUUUAUUCGUACUUCUCUGUGAGGGACAAUGCCCUCGUGGAAUUGCUCAUUCGUAACAUUUUCGAAUGCAUGGACAUGAAAAAAAAUAAAAAAAUAAAAUAUUUUUCGCUAGCUGCUUUAGCCCUAGAAAAGUGGGAAUUGUACAGCGUCAAAUUCAUGCAUGCGUACUCCUCCCUUGUGACAAAGACAAUUGACAAGUUGACAAGGAAAGGGGAAGAGCUGCUUAGUAAUGGGAACAAGAUGAACAAGAAUAAAAAAAAAACGAAAUUAAAACAUGUCAACCUGUUCGAUGUGCACAAAAAGGAGAAAAAAAAAUUACCACUCAUCAGUUUGAAAGACAUUCUGACUUAUUUAUAUGUGUUGAACAGGAACGACGUGAAGGAUAAUUACUUUGUUGAGAAGCUGCUGCGAUAUGCAAGCUUGUUUUGGGGAUAUGCCUCUGAAGCACAGGGGUGCAACCCCGGGGGGGAGUGUGUCUCCCUCACUGUGAACAAAAAAAAGGAAAGCUUCAACACUGAUACUGUUUCACAAAAAAAUAAACUCCUAACAAGCCCCGCAUUCCGUAGCGCCCUCCAUUCAAAUAGGAAACGACACAAAAACAGAAGUAACAUGAUGACGCUUUAUGCAUUGUAUAGAAUUAGUAAGCGUGCUGCUCGUCGAAGAGAAAUGCCCCCCAGUUCUUUUGCAAAUCAAGUUUGGCUGCACGGGGAUGGAGAAGAGGGAGGGGAAACCAACUUACCAAUUCAUAACGAGCCCGUCGAACUAAGCAUGUCCAAUUGGAAAAAUGACCCAUGUGAUAAUACGCCUACUGAGAACAGGAGUGUAUUUUCCCCAGCCGAUUACGGGCCCGAGUCCACUGUCUUCAUCAACAAGCAGCGCACGCGGGUAAGCUUCUACAAAAAGGAGGUCAUCCCCAUGACAAUUUUUCUGCACCAACUAACUCAAUAUGAUUACGCAUUUUUAAAAACAAAAGAUGACUUUUCAAAAUUGACAAAACUGUACACGGAUGUACUCCUCAACAGUGACCUUAAGAAUCUUCACUUUUUUUACACCCACAAGAUUGUAAGCGUUGUCAGACACACAAAUAUAUGUAGCAACGUCCUAACCACGUCAUUGUACACGUCUGCUCUCCACAAAUGCAGACGAUAUAUUGCCUUAAAAAAUGCAGACGUCUUCUCCCACAUGUGUGCUCAGAAUGUAUGCGCUUGUGUUGUGAUCCUCUACAUACAAGUUUUGAAAAAUAAAAUAAAAGAUGACCCCUUAACGGAAGUGUUAAGUGAGUUCUUGAUCAAAAUUUUUUCAACGUGUCAGCCUGAACAAGUCACCCAUCAAUUUUUAAUCUCUCCUCUGAAGCUACUAAGCAUGUUGCAAUGCCUCCGUGUGAAAGUGGGCCCACGUGAUGACAACCAUUACGUUGUACCGGAGCCUAUGGACAAAACAAAUGGAGUAACAAAGAAGGGCAGCAAUGUGGAUGAGCUCCCAUCCCUCAAUACGAACAACCAAAUCGACGAACAAAAAAACAACGUUAAGUCCAACGGACAAAAUGCAUUAUCAUCACAUAAGACCAAAUUAGAAAUUUUAAACGUAACAAUUCUGACAAUUUUAAAAGGGCUAAAGUGGAAGAACAAUGUGGAUAAUUCUUUGCUGCUCAAAAGUUACAAAUACAUGAACAGACUAGCUGUGCACGAAAAAAAAGCAAAGUUUUGUAUGAACAUGGUCAGGCAAAAAGAUCAUUCCUUGUGCAGCAAAAUAACCCACGCGGUAAAGGAAAAAAUGCGCGACUUCAAUUGCGAGGAAUUGAUGAAGGUCUACUUGUACAGCGGAAACAACUUCAAAAGGAAAACUCUCCUCUUGAGAAACUUCUUUACAAUUUUGUUGCUGUCAAAUGGGGGGAUGCUUCACAGAGCAGAUAACAAAUUUUUUAUGUUGUUUUUUAAAACCGCCUUAACACAUGUGCACCUGAAUGAAGUGGGGGGGGGAAAAAAUACAUAUUUUUUUAAAAAUUCGAAUGAUAUAAUGAACAAACUGAUGGUGCUAUGUAGGACUUAUAUUUGCACACAUGUCGACAGCAUGCGGAGGAAGGAUAUAUACUCACUAAUCAUGCACAGUGUUCUCCAUUUAUGUUCACUUUUCCAAAAAGGAAGAAAUAAGGUGAAUUACCGUUCUGUGAAAGGCAACCCUAUUGCGCAAAUCCUUGUGGAUAUUGCGAGCACCACGUUGAAGAGGUGGACCUUUAUGAACGACGAAAGGAGUCUACUCAUUUAUGUGUGUCUACUUUGUUUUCGCAACAUGGCGAAGAAAAAUAAAAAAAUUAAAAAUAUAUUUUUUAAUAAAAAUGAUGAUAAGCAUUUUGUAGGGAAAUUGUCAAACGUGUAUGCAGAACAAGUUGAACAAAUCUGCCUCUCCGAGUUUGACCAACCCGCCACGACGUAUACGAACCCCUUGCUACUUUUCCUUUUACUUAAACACAAAAUAAUUUUACGUCACCAUAGGAGCAGGAAAGAUAUGCGAAUUGUACAAAGGCUGGUCGGCAGUGGAACCCCACUUCACCGCCUCAUGAUGAAUGUAGCAAGUGACACUCAAUUCAUGCGAGUCAUCCUUUAUGCCAUAACGAAAAAUUAUUCCAUCCUAAUGGAGGAAGACCUUUUGGACAAUUUGCAUUUGCGCACAAGUACCGUGCAGGAGCAGCCAACACGGAACAGCACGACAUCCCCUUUUCACUUGUCAACACAGAAUAACCCCGGAGACGUAAGCGAGUGGAUUGAACCUAUAAUGCGCAUGUCAACUUGUGAAGAUCACCAUUUGGAUAAAAGCAUCCUUUGCAAUUUUGUUGCACGUAAGAAGUCUGUGGAGAAGGCUAUAAACGUCGCAUUAAGCAUGAACAUGUCGGAAACGUUUUGUUGGUAA